AGAGAGAGAUAAAGAGAUAAAGCAAGAACAACAAAUGAAAGGAGAGAAAGAGUGAAAGAUAUAUGAGGAAGAAAUGCACAAACAGAUUUCAGAUUAGGAUCAGUCUCACAUUCCAAGCAUUUCCCAGACAGUCAUGACCAAUUUCAUUUAUAACAGACAGUGACAAUCAUCCUAACCAUCUGAGGAGGAAGAACAAGUGAUUGGGAAACCCCUUCACACCCUAUUCAAGCACUAUUUGGAGUCACUCUCAGGCAUUGUUUGCACAUACCCAGUGUGAUAGCGCCCCCUCUGGAUAAAGCUUCCUGAUCUCGGUCACAGCAAGGCUCUCAGAGUUGAUCAGCGCCUGGCAAACCAUUCUGCAAACCACACGGAGACAAGUCAGACGACAGAUAGCAGGUUUAUGUGGAAACCACAUCAUGAGAUAUUCCAGGGCAGGAAGUGAUGUCACAAUUCAGUGUCCGAAUGAGACUCAUCCUGGAUGUAACUCAAUAAACUGGACCUACAAAAAAAAUAAAACCACCAAAUAUCCCUUGGUGAUUGAAGGCAAAUUUGAUACACCCGGAAAUAACCGACUGAGACUGGAGCCUGACUGUUCUCUGCACAUUGGUUAUGUCACCACUGUUGAUGCAGGAAUGUACAUCUGUAGAAAAAGCCUGAAAGACAAUAUUUCUGUUCAACUUGCUGUGAUCAGUGUUUUCAGCUCUAUUCAUGAGUCUAAGCUGAAGGUUAACGAUACAGUGACCAUUCACUGUCUCCUGCACACUUAUGACUCUACCACCCACUGCAAUGCAUACAAAGGGGACUUGAGCCUUGAGUGGGUUGGUUCUGACCAUCAUGAUGUCACUAAAUCCCCAUGCAACAUCAGCACCAGACUGACUCUUACACGGAAUCAGCUGGGGAGGAAAGUGCACUGCAGACUGAAACGUGGAGGAGUGGAAAGGGCAUCAGCUGUUUACACCCUCAGUUUCUCAGAAGAAAGAAGAGAGGAAAAUGUUGUCUGCGAGUCUGCUGUGCAAAUGGAAGUCCUCGAACUGACCAUCGCCUUGACUGCUGCUCUGGCCGUAGUGGCAUGUGUAGCUUUGCUGGUGGUCUUGAGGAAGCAAUCAAAAAAUAAAAAAGUAAAGAGAAAAAAGAAAGUUGGCCAGCAAAACACAGAAGAGGAACACACAUACAUUGAGGUUCACCCCAAAAACCCAACACAUGCUGAGCAGAGGAAGGUUGGUGACCUCUUUCUGUACUUGUUGACUUACAAGCACACUUCUAUGGGUUAUCCAUAGCCUUUAUUAGAUAGGACAGUGAUGAAAAUAACUUUUCAAGAUAAAUGACUUUGAAUUUUUGAAUCAAAUUUACAUAUUUAUAUUCUGCAUACAGCCCUGCAUCGACCUCCACAACCUUUAACUCAAAUAAAUGUUUAGAGGAAGUGUUGACAAAGUUGCGACUACUGUCGAGACACCACAGGAAAACUGUUUUAGCGUUCAGGGCUCACUGUCCUCUUCCCUGACUUAGUUAAUCAGCAGUGGGCUUGUUAGUUCAGUCAUUUCAGUCACUUUCAAACUUAGGUCAUCCUGUUGCAACCUAUUGAACUCAUUGUGACACAUACUACAAGAUAAUUACUCUCCAUACAAACUAUGUAUGAACUGGCUGGGAUGACGUGGUAGAAUUGAGGAAGCUGUGACUCUCACUUGAAUACUGAACUCAGAUCAUAAGACAAACUCAAGAGGACCAAACAUGACAGCAGUCCGACUUGCUUUGAUAGUGCUGCUCCUCUGCCUCACUCAUCCACAACCAGGUAAAUGUGAAGUCCCACAUAUUGUGUAUUCAAAGGAAAGAGAUUAUGUGAAACUGCCAUGUGAAAAUGUAAUUGCUAAAGACUGCUCUACAACUACAUGGCUCUAUAGCACCUCUGGAACCAGAUCAACUGUUGAAGUGGUCAACCGUGGGAAAAUCAAAUCUGACAACACAAACAUAGCAGACAGACUGAAGCUAGAGCCGGACUGUUCUCUCAAAAUUAUCAACAUCACCUCUCAGGAUGCGAGAGAGUACAUCUGUCGACAGUUCCUGAUGGAAGAUGGAAACCAAAAUGGAGAAGACCGUCUUGUUUAUCUUUCUGUACUCACAGUUUCCUCCUCAAUUCCAGCAUCAGAGAUGAAGGCUGACACCAAUGUGACCUUCUACUGCCAUUUGGCCAUCCAUGAUAGCCAGAAUAACAAGGGUGACAUAAAGCUAGUGUGGACUGACUUUGACCAUCAUCAGGUCAAGGAUCCAUAUAAUAUCGCGUUCACACGAACAUUGACAAAAGAGGACAACAAUAGGAAGCUGCAGUGUAAAGUGGAAUGGAAGGGAGAGCUCAAAGCCACUGUGGACUACAUCAUCAAAGGUCAAGAUGGCUCUCACCCUGUGGGGUUGAUAGGUGCUGUGGUUGGGGCUGUAGCUGUGGCUGUGGCUCUGUGUGCAUUUCUAGUAUUUCUCUGGAGGAGGAAAGCAAAGCGUCAGACGGCAAAUGUGAGGUCAGAAAAUGUGAGCACAAAUGUACCAAAGGAGAAAACUGAAGACGAGAGGAAAACAUCAGGACAAUCAAAACAGGCUCCGGGAGACCAGGGAGUCACCUAUGCAGAAAUUACCAUCACAGCAAACAUCAGGAAAAGCUCAGAUAAACUCCCAGCCCAACAUGAGACGGAGUAUGCCACCGUCAAGACAAAGUGCUAAACACACCACCCCCACUGUAGGUGGUACUUUCUUGAAUUUCCCCUGGGGAUCAAUAAAGUAUCUAUCUAUCUAUCUAUCUAUCUAUCUAUCUAUCUGGUACUGCAAAAACAUAUUUUCCUACAGUGACAUGUACAGCAUCUCUCGGUAGAAUCUUGGUAUAUAGUUUCCUUUUUUUCUUAUUUGUUAAUUUGUUUGUUGUUCGUCUUGUCUUGGAGUCACCGGUCCUUCCGGCAUCUUUUGUCUUCUGUGUCAGUCUUGUAUGUGGAGCGGUUUGGGCUGCACUCUGUGCAUAUAAAAAUGCACAUAUAAAAUAAAAAUUACUUGACGUAA